AUGAUCAUCGUGUUGGGACCAGAAGCUAUUUCUGAACUGUGUUUAAAACAACAUCACAGCUUCUCGCACUCCAAAACCAUCGAGCUUCUUGCAGAAGCUGGCUUAGUAUCUUCGCAAAUUAUUUUCACCGGUGUUCACCCCGGUACAGUGGCCAAGAUAAGCACUUCCUUGUGGGAGGGCUGUCUGGAGUUGGUUCGAGAUAUUGGACAACAUACACCCACUCUAAACAUUAGUCAGUGGUCAUCACGAUCCAUCCUAGAGCUCUCGGGCACAUGUGUGUUUGGUCAAGAGAGUGAUUGGCUGUCCCGAUAUCCAUGUCUUCUUGGGAGCUUGGACCGCAGGGUGGCAAACGGACAGGUCAAGAAGGCCGUUCUGUCAAUAUUUCCUCGCCUGAUUCGCUCGCUUCUGAUGUUGACCCUAUGCAAUCGCAAAGACUUAGCCGAUCUGGGGUAUCUGGAAUAUGUCGCGCGAGACUUGCUACAAAUCGAAAAACGAAAGCUCGUGGAGCCAAUCAAGCCCAGUUACACCAUCAACAUCAUUUCUGUCAUGCUCAAAGAUGGGAGCCUUACCGACGAGGAAAUGCUGGGCCAUAUCCUAAUAUUCCUAGCUGGAGCCUCAGAAACAACUUCCGCGACGUUCCAAUGGAUGAUUCUCGAACUUUGCAGACACACAGCGGUUCAGACAAAGCUGCGUGAUGAAAUUCAGUCUCGUGGGCAUUCAUUAUCUAGAAGUGACGGUGGCAAGUCUCUCUUUUUGCAGAUUGAGGCUUUCCCGUAUUUACGGGCAGUCGUCGAUGAAGUGCUCAGGCUGCAUCCGGCGGUUGCAUUAACGGAGCAUGAAGCGACUCGUGACACCACGAUCAUGAAUAUCCCGAUUCCUAAGGGAACCUUGCUACUAUGUCCCCCACUGGCGGCGAAUUUAAACACUCGAGUUUGGGGCAAGGACGCCACGGUAUUCAAUCCUGAGCGCUGGCUAAGUAGAGGACCAGCAAGCCAGAAGUCGACCAACCAAAACCCUUGUUCAAACAUGACAUUCUCCCAUGGUCCACGGAGCUGCCCUGGUCAGUCUAUCGCAAGAAAAAUGUUGACAUGCCUAACAGCCGCAUUUAUCUGUCAGUAUCAGGUUUCGUUGGAGAACCCAGAGCAACCCUUUGCGUCAACUGAGGCGGUCUACGUGAAACCGAUACCAGAUUUAAUGGUUCAAUUGAUUGAAAUUACCUAG